AUUGCCACAAUUCGCCCCUCAGUACCACCACAACCAUGUAUCUUCUCGCAGCGAUAUGUCUUGCGUUUUUUAGUAGUACCACUGGUACCCAAACCACUCUCUACUACGAAAAUUUGAUAAGUGAAAGAACUGCGAUUGCUCAAGGGUUUGCGUUGCCUCAAAGCAACGAAGAAUUUCGAGCAGGGGCAGCUUCAACCGUCACAGAGGAUGCCGGUACUUUCGACUUCGUUAUAGUAGGAGCGGGCUCAGCCGGAAGUGUUCUAGCUACGCGAUUAUCAGAGAUUGAUAACGUCACGGUACUAUUAUUAGAAGCGGGGGGAGAAGAAGAUGACUUCAGCGAUAUGCCAGCCAUGUGGAUGUACCUCCAAUUCAGCGAAAUGAACUGGGGUUAUUAUAGUACUCCUCAAACUAGUUGUUGUCAAGGAAUGAUGGAGCAGAGGUGCAUCAUCCCGCGCGGAAAAGUCAUAGGUGGAAGUAGUACCAUUAACGCGGUUAUGUAUGUGAGGGGCAACCCCAAAGACUACGACACUUGGGAGGAAUUGGGUAACCCGGGAUGGUCGUACCAAGACGUUCUCCCCUAUUUCAUCAAGUCCGAAAAUUCACAAAUUGAUGGAGAUUCCGGGUACCACGGAACUGGGGGUUUCUGGAACGUGGAGUACGCGCAACCGCCAUCGCCCCUAUUUUCCAACUUUGUUAACGCCAGUUUGGAACUAGACGUACCCAUUGUGGACUACAACGGUGAGAACGAGUUCGGCUCGGCCCAAACCCAAUUCAACAUAAAACGGGGGAAAAGACAGAGUACUGGGACCGCGUUUUUGGACAACGCCCGCAAACGCAAAAACCUUCAAGUCAAAACUAAAGCCCUAGCUACGAAAAUUGUUAUAGAUCCUGACAGGAAAGUCGCACAAGGGGUGGAAUUCGUCCAAGGUGAUAAGAAAUUCGUGGCUUUGGCGUCCAAAGAGGUUAUUGUUUCCGGUGGUGCCAUCAACUCCCCACAACUACUCAUGUUAUCGGGGGUGGGUCCGCAAGACCACUUGGACGAACUAGGGAUUGAAGUGCUCGCAGACUUACCCGUUGGGAAAAAUCUUCUAGAGCACCCACUUUUCCCGGGUUUGAUCAUUCGGACAAACUACACCCUCCCGUCGUCUGAUCUGGAAACCUUAAUUGAAUACUACUUGCUAGGUCUGGGUCCUUAUACCAAACCCGGUGGUAUCGAUGGAAUAGGGUUCAUCAAAAGCGCCGACACCGGUGACGUACCUAAAGUAGAGUACCUCUUCGUACCACCGGGUGGUUCCUCAAGCCUAAUUUUAACCCGAGCGUACAACUACGACACCGAGCUCGUUUUCGGCUUCUUGAACCAAAUCAACCCCAUGACUGACAUGAUCAUAGCUUUGGCACUCCUCCACGAAAAGUCUACAGGACGUAUUACCCUAAAAUCGACCGACCCGAUUGAUUUUCCGAAUAUAGAUUUGAAUAUGUUGGCGGAACAAGAAGACGUGGAUAAUUUAGUUGAAGGGAUUGAGUUUCUUUUGGAUCUUGUGGACACAGAGGCAAUGCGGGCUGUCAGUGCUCAGGCUGUUAGUAUUCCCAUUUGUACGGAAUUCACGGAACUGUCGAAGGAAUAUUGGGAGUGUGUGGUACGUCGUAUGACCACCACGAUUUACCAUCCUUGUGGUACCACCGCCAUGGGUCCUGAUAGCACCACUUCCGUCGUGGAUAGCAAUUUGAAGGUGCAUGGUGUUGAAAGUUUGAGGGUUGUGGACGCCGGGGUUUUCCCGACUACGGUGUCUGGGCACACGAACGCCCCAGCGGUCAUGGUGGCCGAAAAAAUCGCAGAUGUUAUCAAGAGUGAUUAUGGUUAUUUGUAAAAUUUGUAACUCAGCUAGCAAUAAAAAUUUUAUUUCCA